CAGGAUGUUCAGCUCCAAACAUCCUGUCUGAGGGCCACCUCCCCGUGUUGGCUUCUCCCUUUAUCUGCCUCUUCCGAGUAAUAACCUCCUUGCUGACACUUCUGGAGAGGGAGAAGGACAGGCAGGAGUCACAGGUCCAGAACACAAGCCCGAUGUCGACGAGUUUCCUCGGCAGUGCUCUCCGGGGCACUUUCUUCUUUGCCUUUGGUCUCUGGUGGUCCGUGAGGUACCCCCUGAAGUACCUGAGGAAGAAAGGUGAUGCUGAGGGCCAGCCAAGCUCUGGGACCCAGCGUGCAGAGAUCUUUGAGGGGGCUCUCAAAGCUCUCUUUGCUCUAGUAGGGAUCCUGGUGGAGCAGUUUGUCCCCACCGGUCCCCACCUGCAGCUGUACAGCCCCAAGACGCGCAGCUGGACAGACCUCACCCACUGGCACUACUCCACCAUCUACCUUUUCUUCCUUCUCUCUGGAAUCAUGGACAUGGUCUCGCAGUCCCGGCUCAAGCUGCCGCCCGGCCUGGACCGGCUCUCGCUGUCCGUGGCUCUGCUCAUCGAAGGUUUGCUUUUCUGUUUCCGUGACUACAGUGAUGCUGCACUGGACCACCACCUCCACUCCCUGCUGGCCAUGGCCAUCUUUGCUGGAGCCCUCUGUGCCCUCCUGGAGGUGUUCCUCCGAGACCACAUCAUCCUAGAGACCUUCAGGACCAGCUCCUUCCUUCUGCAGGGCUCUUGGCUUUGGCAGAUUGGGUUUGUGCUGUCCCCUCCCUGGGGAGGACCAGGCUGGGAUCAGAGCGAUCCCAGCAACCUGACCUUCCUCACCAUGUGCUUCUGCUGGCACUACCUGGGCGCUCUCGCCGUCGUGGGCACCAACGCGGCUGCAUCCCGCUGCUGCAACGAGUCCUGCCAGCUGAAGUUCGGGGACAUCGACGUGGAGCUGGACUGUGGUUUGUGCCUGCGCAGAGGCACCAAGGGCUCCCGCAGUGCCCUGCUGCCCGAGAGCAGCUCGGAUGACAAAUGAGGCCCUGGCAGGCAUGAAAAUUUCUUCCAUGCUGGCUUUGAGCUCUUGAGAUGAGGUUUUUAAUUAGUCUUGAUAAACUACAGUGGCACUUGAUGGAAGAGCAUCGGAAGCGGGAGGCAGGACCCCGAGGCAGAGCACAGCAGGAGUUGUGAAGCCUUUUCUGUGCAUCCCUUUGGUCACAAGAGCAAACCAGACUUGUCUGGGAUGGAGGUUUUAAUCCUCAGUGCUGCAGCUCAGACUGCAGGGCUGGUUUGCUGGUGGGGUCCAACUUGGUGUGGCCAAUCUGGCUAUUUUUUUAACAUUACUUUCACUUCUGCUUCUUCAGAAGGGAGCUGAGCCAGUGUUCAAAGCUCCUGGUGGCUGUCGCUCACUCUGGUGUUAAUGGAGAGGUUUUUGUACAAAGCUUAAUGUGCAGAGUAUCCAAUAAAGUACUUUAA